CCUUCGUUUUCCUGAAACUGAAAGGAAUACAAAUAAUCUCUGAACAACGAAUAAACCCCUCUCCGCCUCUCUCAAAUUCUUCUGAUAAAGGCAGCUCCUUUCUUAGAAUCUCUGCAACAUUAGAGACUAGGUGCGCACCCUUUGAUUGAAAUCCAUAUCCUGUAACACCUUACUCUCUCAUCUUCUCUUAGUUUUAAAAAUUUUAGUGGUUCUUCUUCUCAGAAACCCUAGAAAAUGUCUACAAUUUACGUUGUAGAACCAUCAACAAAGGGGAAAGUGAUAUUGAAUACAAAUUAUGGUCCAUUAGAUAUUGAAUUAUGGCCUAAAGAAGCACCAAAAGCUACUAGGAAUUUCGUUCAGCUUUGUUUAGAAGGUUAUUAUGAUAAUACAAUUUUUCAUCGGAUUAUCAAAUCUUUUCUUGUUCAAGGUGGUGAUCCUACUGGUACUGGAUUAGGUGGUGAGAGUAUUUAUGGAAAAGCAUUUGCGGAUGAGUUCCAUUCACGUCUUAGAUUCAAGCACAGAGGCUUGGUUGCAUGUGCUAAUGCUGGAACGCCGCAUUCGAAUGGAAGUCAGUUCUUUAUGACAUUGGAUCGCUGUGACUGGAUUGAUAAAAAGAAUACAAUCUUUGGGAAGGUAACUGGUGAAUCACUUUUCAAUCUGCUGAAUUUGGCGGAGGUCGAGACUGAUAAGGAUGACAGGCCGUUGGAUCCACCUCCAAAAAUACUUUCGGUUGAGGUGUUGUGGAACCCUUUUGAUGAUAUUAUUCCAAGACAAGUUGUAAAGCCUUCUACUCGUCCGACGGAAGAAGCUGAAAACAAAGAGCAGAAGAAGAAAGCUGUAAAAAAGCUGAACCUGCUUUCAUUUGGAGAAGAAGCAGAGCAGGAAGAGAAGGAACUGGCAGCCGUGAAAGUGGUCAUUAGGAGUAGCCAUGACGUUUUGGAUGAUCCUCGUCUCCUCAAGGAAGCCCCAAACAAGGAAGAGAGUGUAGCUGAUGCCAAGAAGUCAAAAGAUGUGCAUUUAUCUGUACGAGAAGCUCUGACCUCAAAAAAAGAAGAAUCGAGGAAAGAAUCAGAAAUGAGUCCUUCUAGUUCCCAUGGUCUUAGCGAUGACGACGAGUCCAAAUUUGAUGCACGUAUGCGUAAACAAAUUCUUCAAAAGCGUAAGGACCUUGGAGAUAUCCCCAGAAAAAAAGAAUCACAUAGAGAGAGGCCUUCCACGAAAGAGCGUCAGGUGUCCCCUUCAAGGGCUAGUAGUGAGGACGAUGAUGAUGACAAACCCAGGGUUGAAAAGCUGGCUUUGAAGAAAAAAGGAAUAGGCUCAGAAGUCCGGACUGAGCGCUUAGCCAAAGCAGACACAGACAUACAGUUGUUGAACAACGCCGAGAAAAGCAGGCAUUUACAUAAACAGAAGAAACGCAGAAUCAAAGGACGUGAAGAUGAGGUGCUAGCAAAGCUCGAGAAGUUUAAAAAAUCCAAGGAAACACAAUCCAGUGAAUCGAAAGAUGACGACUUAACAGGAUGGAGAACACAUUCACUGAAAUGUGCACCAGAUAAGUCUUCCAAGAAUGGCAUGAUGCGAAAUGACGACCCUGAUCAGUAUGAGGUGCUCGAUCCUCUUCUAGAAAAAGGCAAAGAGAAAUUUAACAAGAUGCAAGCAAAUCAAAAGCGCCGUGAACGAGAAUGGAAUCACCAAGCCCCUAAAGAAUGGAAUCGACAAGCCCCUAAAUGAUUUUAAUAUGUAAGAGGAAUUUUCCGUCUCUAACAUGUAGGGUUGUUCCUGUGUAACUUGUACGUUAUAUAAAAUUCAAAUUAGCAGAAGAUAUAGUAUUUUUCAGAUGGUGAAAGCUAAACUUGUUUCACUACAACUAAUUUAAAGUAGGGAACUUCUGAAUUUUAGACUGAGCCUUUUUACGCUCAUUUCACAA